UUUCCCGCGAUAUGUAAACAAUGCGCACGUGUGCAGGGAAGAUUUAAAAACAACUCAGCUGCAUUCGCGCAAUCGAAUCGGAGCCGGAGUGGGUGCCGCCAGCUGAUGGAGCGGCGGGGAUCAAUAUUGGAGCAUGCAGGACCCCCGCGGGAUCAAGGAGAGCUCAGACUUGGAUCUGCCAGACGUACACAACACAGGAUUGGAUGCUGCCGUGUUUUUAGUUCUACAUAAAGCGUCUUCAAGUGAGGAAAACCCUGUGAAUUGGGUAAACCCAUAUUAAACUAGAUCAAGUUUCACCUGUUGCUUAGUUUACUUUGACUCUGAUUGACAUGACUGAGCUCUAGCAUUAAUGCGUGUGGCACAUUUCAUUUGUGGAGCAGUGUCAAUGAGAAGAGCUGUGAUGAUGACGUCGCCAUCUAGUGCUGAUUUGGUCCUGUCUCCUUACUUCCAGGGAAGAACAACUAGAUCCCAAGCAAGAAAAUUAGGCUCCUUGAGUUUGGGUAAAGCCAAAGGCAAAGCCAUAGACAAAGGCGGUACAAAUACAAGACGCCAGGAGUCUUCACACAAUGUCAAUGGACCAUUUCAUCAUGAUGAAACAGGAAAUGGGGAAGAAACUCGAAGAACGAGACCAGAUGCUAAACAGAGACAUGUGAAGAUUGCAUAUGAAUCCUCAACAACAGGUGUCCCUGCAGUCAAGAAGGUGAAAGUUCAGACUUCAGAAAAUAUCCCGGAGAGCUCUAAAGUUACUGAACCAUCUGAAACUUCAGAAAACAGUUCCAAGAUGACAAAUAGGAGUCAUCAGAACAAAAAGUCUAAAAAGAAGAGUAUGGUUCAUGAGGAAGAAGGUGGGAACUCAUCAAAGACAGAUGUACGGGAGAGAAAGACGUGGGAUGACUUGCCUGAGGAUGCCCGACCCCAAGAUGAGGUGAUGAAGGAUGUAUGGGAACCAGUGAUGUGGAAAGAACAGCUGGAAAACAUUCGUGAGAUGAGGAAGAACAGAGAUGCACCAGUUGACAGCAUGGGAGCAGAGAAGAUUUGUGACUCUUCUGCAGCUCCUGAGGUGUACCGCUACCAUGUUCUCUUGUCGCUUAUGCUGUCGAGUCAGACGAAGGAUCAAGUUACCUCUGCUGCAAUGACCAAGCUGAAGAAUCAUGGUCUGACCGUCAAUAACAUCCUCAAGACCCCUGAAGCCAAGAUUGGGCAACUCAUUUAUCCUGUUGGGUUUUGGAAGAGGAAAGCAGAUUACAUCAAGAGAACCACACAGAUCUUAAAGGACCAGUACCAAGGGGACAUUCCUCCAACUCUGAAGGAACUGGUCCAACUUCCAGGGGUUGGUCCUAAGAUGGCCCAUAUCAUCAUGGAUGUGGGAUGGAACCAAGUCACAGGGAUCGGGGUGGACACCCACGUCCAUCGCAUCAGUAACAGGCUCAAGUGGGUCAAAAAAGAGACGAAAGCUCCUGAAGACACUAGGGUUGCCCUGGAGGACUGGCUUCCAAGGGAUAUGUGGAGUGAGGUCAACGUUCUUCUUGUUGGAUUUGGCCAGCAGACAUGUCUACCUGUGGGACCAAAGUGCUUUGAGUGCCUUAAUAAGGAUAUCUGUCCUUUCGGUAAGCAAGAGAUCAGAAGAAAGAGCCCUAUCAAAAAGAGUCCUGUGAAGAAGUAAAAAAAAAAAAGAAGAGGAUCUCUCCAAGAGUGUAUCUAGGAGAACUGGUUAACCUGUUGACUACUGAAUUAUGUAAUUCCCAUAGGUUUUGUACAGGGAACACAGGUUCCAAUCAUGGCACUGGGAAGCAGGAGUGCUUGAAUGCUGAAGCACCCCCCAAGAUUUUCCUUGGGGGUGCUGGUGUAAUAUUUUCAAUAGGCAGCUGCACCCCCAGGUAUUCUGGGAGGUUUGUAAAAAUGAAAAAUUGUAACCAAAAUGACCUUCAUUUU